AUGGCAUCUGCUGAUUCGAGGAAGGAGCUGGAGUGUGCCCUGUGUCUGAACAUUUAUACAGAUCCCGUAACCCUGAAGUGUGGACACAACUUCUGUCGGAACUGUAUUGGUCAUGUGUUGGAUAUACAGCAGCGGUCUGGAGGGUAUUCCUGUCCUGAAUGCAGAGAAGAUUUCCAACAGCGGCCUGCACUGCGAAGGAACAUUACACUACGUAACCUAGUGCACGAUUUCCUGUCUGCUCAGCCAGAUCAAAAAUCUACAUACUGUAUUCAAACAUCUAUGAAAUCCUUGUUAGUAUGUGAAGCUUCUCUGUGUCACAAUCAUCUGAAGUUCCACAGCAAGUCACCAAAACAUGUCUUAUGUGGCCCCACCGCUCCCCCGGAGAACAGGGAAUGCUCUGUCCAUAAGGAAGUACUGAAGUUUUACUGCACUAAGGACUCCACCUGUAUUUGUCUGUCCUGCAGGCUGGAUGAGGAACACUGGGGACACCAUGUGGAGACUCUGGAUGAGGCCUCCAAGAUUAGGAAGAAGAAACUGAGAAAUGUUUUGAAGAAACUGAUGCCAGUGAGAGAGGAGAUAGAGAAUGGAGUCCAGAGUCUGCAGGAACGCAGGAGUAAAGUACAAGAAACGGCAGAUGAUGAAACGGAGAAAGUCACUGCCCUAUUCGGAGACCUCAGGGGACGUCUGGAAAACCUGGAGAAAAGAGUCCUGAGUGAGAUCUCCGGGCAGGCAGACCGGGUCUGUCUCUUACUGUCUGAUAUGAUCCAACAGCUGUUAAUAAAGGAAGAGGAAUUGUCCAGGAAGAUGGGGGACAUUGAGGAGCUGUGUAACAUGAAGGAUUCACUGACUGUCCUACAGAAAUCGGGCAGAGGUGGCUUGUGUGAUAUAGAAGUUGGAGAUAACAGAGAGGCACGUGAUGGACUCCUCCACGAGGGAGUGGAUCUGGAUGUGGCGUGGAUCUCGCACACAUUACACACGGGUUUAUCUGAUAUCGUGUCUGGGGUAGUUGUCCAGAAACCUACAGGCACACGUGUCUAUCCACAUUCUGUUGCAAAGGGCAAAGUUCCUUUGGGGGUUACAGACCUAUUACUGGAUGUGAGCACAGCUGGUAAUAAUAUCUAUAUAUCAGAUGAUCGGACAACUGCAUCCUCAUCAUCGAAUCAGAAUCGCCCCGAAACACCAGAGAGAUUUCAAUAUGAUCAGGUGAUAAGCAGUCAGAGUUUAUCCUCAGGGCGACACUUCUGGGAAGUGAAUGUCGGGGGGUCAGAGUGCUGGAUAGUUGGCAUGUGUUACCCCAGUAUAGACAGGAAAGGAUGUCAGUCAGUGAUUGGAUACAAUCAGAAAUCCUGGGGUUUGGAGAGGUUUGGGGGUAAUCAGUACUCACUGAUACAUGACAGGAAGAAGAUCCAAAUAACCGGAAAUAUCUCCAGUAACAGAGUUAUGAUCUAUCUGGAUUAUCAGGCCGGGAGGAUCUCCUUUUACGAAUUGUGUGACCCGAUCCGACCCCUCAUCACCUUCACCACCACCUUCACCGAGCCCCUCCAUGUUGGAUUAUUGGUAGGGAGUGGUUCCUGUAUGAAAAUAUCUGAGGGGAAAUGGAUGUGA